CUGCCAGUAACCUUGGGUGCGGCCUGUGAGGACAGUCUCCUUGUGCCUUCUCUGCAGGUGCCCAGGAGCUGAGCAGGAAGCCGGUGACCCGUGUCCCUGUAAGGCGGGGCCGGUGCUCCUCGACGUCCUCUCGCUCGCCUCCAGGUUCUGCGCCCUAGAGCCCGGCGCUGACGGAAAGAAACAUGCCAGGCUCACGGGGAGCGGCGACACCUGGGACAGUCUUCCAGGAGCCCGCUGCCGCCCCACCCCUCCCCCAGCCUCCGCCAGGGGUGUGUAUCUUCGCCUCUGAUCCAGGCUCUUUCUCUUUCACUUUUCUUUUCGCUGGGGGCCGGGGCUCCCCGGGUGGAGGGCCCCCGGGAGAAUCCCCGCUGACUCACUCGCUGCCUUCCAAGUCCCACGCCCGCCCUGCAGCCGGGGCUCCAGGGAGGUACAGAGCUUUGCUUCUCCGCUUUGGAAGGGAAGGUGGUGGCGAUAGAAAGGGCGACAGAAUUUUCCCCGAAAGCCUACGCCCCGACCCCUCCCGGCGCGCCGACCCCUCCCGGCUACGGCGGAGCUACCCUCGGGUGUCCCCCGACCGGCCGCAGCCCCGCCCUCUCUUGGGGAACUUUUGACUGCGACUUCAAUUUUUGGUUUUUCCCCUAAUGACCCUUUAUUUCUCUCGUGAGUUCUCCUCGCCAUCCUCCCGCUUCCGGAGGAGCGCAGACCGCACGUCCCUUUGCCCCCCGCGCGUGGCACCGCAGUUGCACCGCGUUCUGUCGCUGUCCCCGGCGCGCGGCGAGCGAAAGGAGGCGCCGGGCACUCUGCGCGCCGCUGGGAGGGUGACGGACCUGCGUCUGGCUGCCCCCGCCAAGCUGCCGAUUUCUGGGAAGACAAAAGUCCUGCAGUCCUGAGCGCUGAGUUCUGCACCUAAUUGAGCACAAAAAGGUCAAAAAAAGAAUUCAUUCCAAUAUAUGGCCACUUGGCUCUUUGAAGCAAUGUUCCAUCAUGCUCCAUGCUGGUGAUGCUACAUGGGACACAGAAGCCAAUAAUAGCAGAUAGACAGCCUACAGAAGGUUGUUUUUAAUCGACCACACUUUAUCCUGGAUUGUGUUGUAGGAUGUAUCGUGGAUGGAUGGCUGCUGGAACCCCACUGCCAUAGCCAGCUCUUCUUCAAUACUUAAGGACUUACCCUGGCGUUGAGUAAUGAGAAUUUCGAAACCAUAUUUGAGAAGUACUUCCAUCCAGUGCUACUUGUGUUUACUUCUAAACAGUCAUUUUUUAACAGAGGCUGGCAUUCAUGUCUUCAUUUUGGGCUGUAUCAGCGCAGGUCUUCCUAAAACAGAGGCCAACUGGCAGCAUGUAAUAAGUGAUCUGAAAAGAAUUGAAGAUCUUAUUCAAUCUAUACAUAUUGAUGCUACUUUAUAUACUGAAAGUGAUGUUCAUCCUAAUUGCAAAGUAACAGCAAUGAAGUGCUUUCUCCUGGAGUUACAAGUUAUUUCACACGAGUCCGGAAGUACACACAUUCAUGAAACGGUAGAAAACCUUAUCAUCCUAGCAAACAGCAGUUUGUCUUCUAAUGGGAAUGUGACAGAAUCAGGAUGCAAAGAAUGUGAGGAACUGGAGGAAAAAAAUAUUAAAGACUUUUUGCAGAGUUUUGUACAUAUUGUACAAAUGUUCAUCAACCCUUCUUGAUUGUAAUUGAUCCUUUUCAGUGUUUCUAUUAUUAACAAACACCUUCCUGCUGCUUAGAGGCAACAAAACACUGCAUUUCCAAAGUGCUGCCUAAACAAGUUUUUCUAGCGAGAAGAUGAUCAGGAUCUUGGAUCAGAUGACUUCUUAGCCGUGAAGACAGAAAAAUGUCACUGAGUAACAUAAUUGACUAUGAACCUCUCUCAGACUUAUUUUGCUCAUUUAUUUUUAAUUUAUUAUUGAAAUUGUACAUAUUUGUAGCAUAAUAUAAAAUGUUGAAUAAAUGUGUAUACAUAUUUUAUCAUUUGAAGUUGCAUUCAUAUAUACCUGUUACAUAGGAAAAUAGGGGGGAUUUGCUUAAGGGAUAAUAGUCUAUCUAUAGUCUGGUGGGGCCGGGUACCCAAGGUGCAGGUCAACAGCUGUACUGGUGUGGUCCUGCCAGUAUGAAGCCACUGACUAGCAGACCUCAUUCACUUCUUCAUUAGGUGUAGCAUCCAGAAAAAGAAUUGGCUA